AGUCACCGUCGUGAUCUGCGAUCCUGGGAAGCCGGCUGUGAUGGUGUUGGCGGGCUGGGCAGCAGCCGGUCCGGCCGGUCCAGCACCGCCGGCGCCGGCUGGUUGAGUUGCCAGAGGGUUGGAGAGCACCACGACGGUGCCCACCGUAUCCGUUCCCGCAGGAGGGAGAGUCAAAGUGGUGGGCGUUGCACCUGCAAAUGACCCAGUGAGAGUGGUGAACGACCCUGGCAAAGCACCCUGGGCAGGGUUCGUCGCAGCCAAGCCAGCAGGGUUCGGCGUCAACACCAAGACCGCAGGGGCGCCUCCAGCGCCGUCGGUGGGCUGGAUGGUCACUGUUGUGAUCUGCGAUCCUGGGAAACCGGCUGUGAUGGUGUUGGCGGGCUGGGCAGCAGCCGGUCCGGCACCACCGGCGCCAGCAGGGUCAGCGCCAGCAGGGCCAUCUCCAGCAGGUGGGUUCGUGGGGGUCAAUACCAAGACCCGGCCGAGUGACUGGGCUCCGGAUGGUGGCAAGGUGAUGGUGGUGGGCACAGAUCCGGAGAAUCCGCUGGUGAGUCGCGGAAGGGCGCCUUGGGGCGCCGGGUUAACACCCGGUGCACCUGGUGCACCAGGGGCGUUGGUGGCCUGGUUGGCCGGGCUGCCGGCAGGGUUAACGGCCGGGUUUGUGCCGGCAGGGUUAACAGCCGGGUUUGUGCCGGCCGGGUUGACGGCAGGAUCGGGAACUGGGUUCGGAGCCGGAGAGGCCGCCGGAGGUGCAGCGGGAGCUCCACCAGCACCACCGCCGGCAGCCGAGUUGAAGCCGACGGGCAGCUGCUCGACGACGGUGGCAACCGAGUUGCCUCCCUGAGUCGGCAGCGUCACAGUCAGAGGAUUCGCCCCGCCGAACUCGCCUUGGAUAAG